GCUAGCCGCUAUCUCGGAGCUGUUCAACAAAAUGCCCACAAUCUAAACAUCGGACUUUAUUUCAACACCAACGUCGUUAUUCCCCCGAACAAGCUUCCCGAAAUCUUCCGGAAAGAUGCAACUGAAGUAUCUCAAAACACUGUUAACGCCCCAGGCGUGUGCUGCCAGAGUGUCGUGCAUGGCCUGGGCACCGAAUAACACCAAGUUGGCGGUUUGCACUGUCGACAGAGUGGUGCUGCUCUAUGACGAGCAGGGAGAGAGGAGGGACAAGUUCUCCACCAAACCCCAGGACUCCAAGUAUGGAAAAGAGAGCUACGUUGUCAAAGACAUGGCGUUCUCGCCGGACUCCACCAAGAUCGCCAUCGGCCAGUCCGACAACAUCAUCUUUGUAUACAGAAUUGGGGAAGAAUGGGGACAGAAGAAAGCCAUUUGCAACAAAUUUGUUCAGACCAACGCUGUGACCUGCUUGCUGUGGCCUGAAGAGCACGCCAUUGUUUAUGGACUGGUGGACGGAAAGGUUCGCCUCGCCAACACUCAGACAAACAAGUCAUCAACCAUCUACAACACAGAGUCCGUUGUCGUCUCACUGGCCUCCAACGUCUCUGGUAAAGGCUUCCUGUCCGGCCACGCCGACGGGACAGUCGUGCGUUACUUCUUUGACGACGAAGGCUCGGGGGACUCUCAGGGCAAGCUGUUGACGCACCCGUGCCCACCUUACGCCCUGGCCUGGGCCGCAAACGGCAUCAUGGUGGGCGGCUGUGACAAGAAGGUGGUGGCCUACGGCAGGGAGGGUCACAUCCUGCAGACCUUUGACUACGGCCGCGACCGGACGGAGAGGGAGAUCACCGUGGCCGCCAGCAGCCCCGGCGGGCAGUCGGUGGUGUUCGGCAGCUUUGACCGGUUGCGGGUGUUUGACUGGGCUCCCAAGAGAGGCGUGUGGGAUGAAGCCAAGCCGAUGGAGAUACUCAACCUCUACACCAUUACCAGCUUGGCCUGGAAGAAAGACGGGUCGCGGCUCUGUGCUGGAACACUUUGCGGCGGGGUUGAACUGUUUGACUGCUGCUUGCGGAGAUACAUCUAUAAGAACAAGUUUGAGAUGACCUACGUCGUCCUGAGCAAGGUGAUAGUGAGGAACCUCUCGACAGGAACGCGGGUGGUCCUGAAGUCCUAUUAUGGUUAUGAGAUUGAAGAAGUCAAAAUCAUGGGCAAAGAUCGCUACCUGGUGGCUCACACCUCCGAUACUCUUCUUCUGGGAGACCUGCUGACGAAUAAACUGAGCGAGGUGCCAUGGCCCGGUUCAGGGGGAAACGAGAAGUUCUUCUUUGAAAACGAAUCGGUGUGUAUGAUUUUUAACGCCGGGGAGCUGAGCCUGGUGGAAUACAGUAACAACGAGAUCCUGGGAUCGGUCCGAACCGAGUUUAUGAAUCCUCAUCUCAUCAGCGUCCGACUGAAUGAGAGGAAGCAGAGAGGAGUGGAAGGCAACAAGAAGCUUGCGUAUCUGAUUGAUAUAAAGACCAUUUGCAUUGUGGACUUGGCUGCGGGCUGCAAUCUGGGAACCAUCAGCCACAACUCCAAGAUUGACUGGCUGGAGCUCAAUGAAACGGGACGCAAGCUGCUGUUCAGGGACAAGAAGCUGCGGCUCCAUCUUUAUGACAUCGUGACCGGCUCCAAGACCACGCUGCUGAGUUUCUGCUCCUACGUCCAGUGGGUGCCCGGCAGCGACGUGGUGGUGGCUCAGAACCGGGGGAACCUCUGCAUCUGGUACAGUAUCGACAGCCCGGAGAGCAUCACCAUGUUCCCCAUCAAGGGAGACAUUGUGGAUCUAGAAAGAGUCGACGGGAAGACGGAUGUGAUCGUGACGGAGGGCGUCAACACUGUGACGUACACCCUGGACGAAGGCCUCAUUGAAUUCGGUACCGCCAUCGACGACGGGGAUUAUAACAGAGCCACAGCAUUCCUUGAGACUCUGGAGAUGUCACCAGAGACUGAAGCCAUGUGGAAGAUGCUCAGCAAGCUGGCUCUGAAAGCUAACCAGCUGCACAUCGCCGAAAGAUGUUUUGCUGCGUUGGGGGACGUCUCGACGCUGCGUUUCCUCCAACAAACAAAUGAGAUUGCCGACAAAGUUUCACAGGAAAUGGGAGGAGAUGGGACAGCGUUUUACCAAGUCCAGGCUCACGUGGCGAUGCUGGAUAAGAACUUUAAACUGGCUGAGAUGCACUACAUGGAGCAGAAUCGCAUCGAUGAAGCGAUAGCGAUGUACCAGGAGCUCCACAUGUGGGACGACUGCAUCGCCUUGGCCGAAGCAAAGGGCCACCCGGAGCUGGACAGCCUGCGCAGGAACCAUUACCAGUGGCUAAUGGACACGGGUCAGGACGAGAAGGCCGGUGAGGUGAAGGAGAGCGAGGGAGACUUCCAGGGUGCCAUCAACCUCUACCUGAAGGCCGGACUGCCGGCUAAAGCCGCCCGACUGGCCAUCGGCCAUCCGGAGAUCACCAACAACAGCGACACCGUCGGCCGCAUCGCCGCCAGUCUCAUCAAGGGAGAGUUUUACGAGAGGGCCGGAGAUCUGUAUGAGAGCAUCCGAAACAACCAGAGAGCUUUGGAGUGCUACUGCAAAGGAGACGCCUUCAGGAAAGCGGUGGAGCUGGCACGCCUCGCCUUCCCUGUGGAGGUGGUGAAACUGGAGGAGGCCUGGGGAGACUACCUCGUCCAGCAGAAACAGAUGGACGCCGCCAUCAACCAUUUCAUUGAAGCAGGCUGCUCGCUGAAGGCCAUCGAGGCGGCCAUCGCGGCUCGUCAGUGGAAGAAAGCCGUCCACAUCCUGGAGUUGCAGGAGGAUUCAUCAGCCGGGAAAUACUACGUGAAGAUAGCUCAGUACUACGCCUCCACGAAGGACUAUGAGGUGGCAGAGCACCUGUUCGUGAAAGGAGGUCACAUCAAGGAUGCGAUAGACAUGUACACUACAGCAGGGCGCUGGGAGGAGGCUCAUAAGUUGGCCGUGGAGUGUAUGACAGAGGAGGAGGUAAUGGCUCUGUACAUCAGCAGAGCCCAGGAGCUGGAGAGAGAUGGGAAAUUCAAGGAGGCUGAGAGGCUAUUUGCCACAGUGAAGCAGCCUGACCUCGCCAUAACCAUGUACAAGAAGAACCGGAUGUUUGAUGAUGUCAUUCGCCUGGUGGCCAAACAUCACCCCGACCUGCUCUCAGAGACCCACCUGCACCUGGCCAAGGAGUUGGAGGCUGACUCCAGGUUCUCAGAGGCAGAGUACCACUUCAUACAGGCCGAGGAGUGGAAAGGCGCGGUCCACAUGUACAGAGUCAACGACAUGUGGGAGGAUGCAUACAGGGUGGCGAAGAGCCACGGAGGGGCCGGAGCCCAGAAGCAGGUGGCCUACCUGUGGGCUCGCAGCCUGGAAGGAGAGGCGGCCGUCAAGCUGCUCAACAAGUUCGGCCUCCUGGAGUACGCCAUCGAGUUUGCUUCAAAUAACUUCUCAUUUGACUUUGCCUUUGACUUGGCUCGCCUCUCCAGUAAGGAAAAGCUUCCUGAGAUCCACCUGAAACACGCCAUCUACCUGGAAGAUGAGGGAAAGUUUCCAGAGGCCGAGGUUGAGUUCAUCAAAGCAGGAAAACCCAAAGAAGCCGUCCUCAUGUAUGUCCACAACAAGGACUGGGCCAGUGCGCAGCGGGUGGCUGAGGGCCACGACCCAGACACCAUUGCUGAGAUCCUGGUCGGCCAAGCCAAGUUCUGCUUUGAACAGAAUGAAUUCCAGAAGGCCGAAGCCUUCCUGCUCCGAGCCCAGAGACCCGAGCUCGCUGUUAAAUAUUACAAGGAUGCAGACUUGUGGAGCGAUGCCAUGCGGAUCUGUAAGGAGUAUCUCCCCAACAAGCUCUCCAUGCUCCAAGAGGAGUACGAGAAGGAGACCUCCAAGAAGGGAAUCCGGGGAGUGGAGGGCCUGCUGGAACAGGCCAAGGAGUGGGAGCAGUCCGGCGAGCACUCCCGGGCCGUGGAGUGUUACCUGAAGGUGAAGGACGACUCCAACGCUGCCCUGAUGGAGAAGUGCUGGAUGAAGGCAGCGGAGUUGUCCAUCAAGUUCCUCAGCGGAGACCGAGCGGUGGAGGUGGUCCAGGCGGUCGGACCUCGACUCUCGCAGCUGAAGAAGUACAACGCUGCCGCUGAGCUUUACCUAAACAUGAACCUCAUCAAGGAGGCGAUCGACGUCUUCAUCGAGGGCGAGGAAUGGAACAAAGCCAAGAGGGUCGCCAAGGAGCUGGAGCCCAGGUACGAAGACUAUGUGGACCAGAAAUACAAGGAGCACCUCAAGAACCAAGGCAAAGUCGACUCUCUGGUGGGCGUGGACGUCAUGGCCGCUCUGGACAUGUAUGCAGACAGAGGCCAGUGGGAGAAAUGUCUGGAGACGGCAUCUAAACAGAACUUCAAGAUCCUCCAAAAGUACGUCGCUCUGUACGCGACGCAGCUCAUCAAGGAGGGAGAAGCUCCGAAGGCUCUGCAGCUCUACGUUCAGCACGGAGCACCACCCAACCCUCAGAACUUCAACAUCUACAAGCGACUUUUCCUGGACCUGAUUAACUUCCCCGACACUGAUGGCCCAGAGUCUUACCGGAUGUGGGCCGACCUCCGCAACUUCCUGCUGCAGCUGUGUGAGAACAUGUCCCGGUCGGCCGAGGCCAACUCUCCAGCUCAUGAGAACUUUGAGCAGAUGCUGCUGAUCGCUCACUACUACGCCACAAGGUCCGCCUCCAAAGGAGUCGUGCAGCUGGUGAGUCUUCCAGCCAAGCUGUCCGUGUCUCUGCUGCGCCACACCGAGCUGGUUCCCGCGGACAAGGCCUUCUACGAGGCCGGCCUGGCCUGCAGGGCUGUUGGCUGGGAGAACAUGGCCUUCAUCUUCCUCAACCACUUCCUGGAUCUGUGUGACGCGUUUGACGAGGGCACGCUGGAGGCUCUGGACCACUCCGACUUCCUGGACACCGACAUUCCCUUCGAAGUUCCGGUCCCCACCAAACUCUGUGUCACCGACGCCCAGCGGGAGCAGAUCCGUGACUGGGUGCUGAUGGUGUCCAUGGACAACCGGUUGGAGCAGGUUCUGCCGCGCGACGAGAGGAACUCGUACGAAGCCUCUCUGGUGGCCGCCAACACCGGCCUCCGCUCUCUGCCCUGCGUCCUCACAGGCUACCCAGUGCUGAGAGAUAAGAUCGAGUUCUCGUCCGCGGGGAAUGUCGCCAACAAGAAGGACUGGAACAGCUUCCUGGUGGCCACCAAGACCACUCACAGUCCGGAGUGUCAGGACGUCCUCAAGUUCAUCAGCAAGUGGUGUGGCGGCCUGCCGGCAUCUGGAUUCUCCUUCCACUGAGCCGUCACCACGACAACACAUUCCUUCACUCCGCUGUAUCAUAAAAGCCAAAUGUUUCCGUCAGAUUUGAACCAAAUCGUUUUGAGGCGAGCAGAUGUUUACGAUACUUUGAGAUGGUACUCAACCCGACUGUUUCACGUCUGGAAUGAGCCGUUUGUUCUCUGUGUGUAUUUAAGAGGCCGAUAUCUCUGGCAAUGCCUUUAUUGUGUCUGUGAUAUGGAGUGUAUUCUGUUUAAUGACCUUAAAGAGAGAUAGUUUUAAUCCCUUUUCAUUGGGUCAAUGUUUGCUCAUUUAGGGAUGUUUGAUGGUCACUCAGGCUCGUAGGUCAAGAAACUUAAAGCUACAAUCUCGAAGCUGUCCGUUACGUUUCCCUUGGCGACGCCCAUGGCGAUAAAUGGUAUUGCAGGCGUGUUUUCAGAGCUCCCUUCUCAGAGCGUGACGGUUUUUACUUUCCUUUGUGUAGCCUCGUUCGGAAAUGGAUAGUGACUUAUGAUUCGUAUUUUAUUCAGAUAAAGCUUUUCCAGAUGUUGAAAUGAGUUUUCAGUAAAUAUAUAUAUAUUAUUCAGAUUCAGACUCACAUUUUAUUUGUAUUUUGUGUUUAUUUGUACAGUAAAAAUACAAUUAAUACAUGUGUAUAUUUAUAUAGAGUUAUACAAAAGAAUGCAGAAAUUAAGAAAUAAUUGCAUCUGAGUCAUGCAGAAAAACGGCAACAACAUUACUUUAUUUAUUAAAUGCACAAAGAAAUUGUUCUGGCAGUUUAAACAACAUCUAAAUAGACGGAGGAAGUCCUGUCUAUUAAACUCGCUCAUUGUGGUUGUACAUACACACAUACAUAUAUACAUAUACAUUGUAUAUCUAUCGAUGUAUUUAUCUAUAUAUACAGCGGCCUCAUUUCCCAGCAGAGGUAAUGCACAACCACAAUCAAUAGAAGAACUUUGUGUUUGGGGAAAUGCAUUAGUAAGUGAUAACUGAGGCUCUGCUCCAUGUCUCCUACUCACCGCCACUGUUCACGCCGAGAAUAAACUGUUUACUGAACUCAGCCCACAUGUUUUAUAUCCACAUUCAUAUCACUGCAACACGCUGAAACAUCUGUCAAAGGGGAACGUAUAAAAGCACAGUUACAUGUUAGGAAGGUAACGAAGACGAAGGAGGCGUCGGGACUCACGACUAGGAAAAAAAAAGAAAAAAAAAUAUUCAUUCAACAAAUUAAGGGGGAAAUGUCCAUCUGAACCCAACGACGCUUUUAGAUCUCCUUUUUAUUAUUGUAAUUUUGCGAAUACGUCGGCGUCAUCUGCAUAAUGAUUCAUGUGAAUUUACCAUUUGGUAAAUGAUCAUCUCCCUUUCACUGAAGCAAUGAAGAAGAAUGCGUUGUUUCUGACGUGGGUUAUUCUACGUGCCUGAUCAAGACCACACACACUCAGCAGAAGCCCCCCCCCGUACGCCUGUUAAUAGAAAUAACAUCAUUCACACUCUAAUUUCUCCCAGAUCAUCUGUACUCAAAAUAUUCACUACUUUGGGUCCUCACAAAAAAAUUAAAUGUUGCCCAUGUUUUCACUAAGGUUAUAUUUAUGCGAUUGAAUUAUGGUGAGGAUGUUUAUAUAUCCCUGAAAGCUCUCGCUGCCGUCAUACCGGUUUUUUUUCUCUGUACUCCAGCGUUCCCUCUGAUCUACCGUCUGGCAUCGAGGAGCUCAAAGGAAUCAGAUGGAGGACGUCUCCUCGACCCGCGUGUCAGGGUCCUGAGAGUCUGGCCCCUCUUGAAGUACCAACAGAGGGGUUCUUGUGAUAUAAGGGGGCUGAUCCGAGGAGGGAGAUGCAACCGGGCAGAAACAUAAACAACGAUGGUGAAUAAAGCAAAAUGUUAUGCUUUGACAGGGAAUGAGAGAUACUUCCUUACUUCUUUACAGUGUUUUGGGUUAUAUUUUACUAAUAGAGGACCACAUUCAUGUAUGAGGACUGGAUUGUAACAGGCGGUCGAUACUGCAAUAAGAAGAAUGAAAGUCUUAAUUAAUUAAAAAGUCUAAAUUCCAUCACUGCA